GAAUUAUUUGAUGUUUCAUCUUUAUAUUUCACUUUACUAAGUUUAAUUAUUUUGUUCAUUUUAUAGGACCAACAGAGAAAACGAUGGAAGAUGGCAGAUAUGUUUUUAAGGAUACAGUCCAGAAUUUUGAUUUAAAUGGAGUUAUUAGCAAGCAAAGGAAAAGGGAAAUAAAGAGGGGAAAAAGCAAAGCAAAGAAAGAGGAGAAAAUAAAAAUGAAAAUAGCCAAAGAAGAAGAAAAAGUCGUGCAGUUGUAUUUCAAAGCAGUUGACAACAUUAUGUCAAGGUACAGCAAGGAUGUUAGAAUACAACACAAGAAGGAAGAAAAGAGGAGGAAGCAAAUGGAAAAGGCGGAGAAAAAAGCCCUUAAGAUGUUGGAGAAAGAAAUAAAUAAAAGAGAUAAAGAAUGUGUAAAGAAUGAAAAGAAGAAACCGAACCAAUCUGUAGAUGAAAAGAAAAAACAAAACGAUACAAAGAAAAGCAAAGCAAAGAAAGUUACAGGGAAUAAUAAGGACUAUGAGAAGAAAGAGGCUCACACUGUUGAUGAUAUAGAGACUAAAGAAAUUGCUAUGAAGAAUAGAAAAGCAAAAAAAGGAGAAGAAAAGAUCAUAGAUCAAAAGGAGAAAGAUUCUCAAACUAUGGAUAUUAAGGAGGAAAACAUUGUUAGAAUAGAUACAACCAUUGAUGGAAAGAAGAACAAAUUUUCAGCAAACAUUCGUGCAUUUUUCCGUUUUUUUUCUUGUACACACAAACGACAGGAAAUGGGCAAAGCAGCAGCUGUAGUUUGAUAAAUCGUUUUUGUAUAACAUUAAAUUUUCUAUAUUUUUCAC